AUGUCUUUAACGAAGGUUCUGACCCGAGAGGUUGCUUGCCACAAGCUCUCUUCUCUCUUCAUUUCUCUCUCAUUGAUAAACCCUCAGACCCAACCAGAGGAGCAGCCAGAGGAGAGACCUGACAAAGAUGAACCAGACGCCACCACAGAACCAGCCGCGGAGGUCCAGAGCUCCACCAUAGAACCAGCUGCAGAGGCCCAGAUUGCCACCACAGAACCAGCCGCGGAGGUCCAGAGCUCCACCACAGAACCAGCCGCGGAGGUCCAGAGCUCCACCAUAGAACCAGCUGCAGAGGUCCAGAGUGCCACCACAGAACAAGCAGCAGAGGUCCAGAGCUCCACCAUAGAACCAGCUGCAGAGGUCCAGAGCUCCACCACAGAACCAGCCGCGGAGGUCCAGAGUGCCACCACAGAACAAGCAGCAGAGGUCCAGAGCUCCACCACAGAACCAGCAGCAGAGGGCCAGGGCACAGAGAAUGCAAACCCAGCUGAGCCGCCAGCAAAUGGCACAGCAGACAGCGCUAACGGAGAUGAGGAGGAGAAGAAAGGAGCAGAGGGGGAGGAGAGAGGAGAGGAUCAGGCAAAGGCCAACAGCACAGGGAAGACUCAGGAGGCUACAGAGAAUGGAGAGAAGGAGAACGAAAAGGAGGAGGAGAGUAAUGAGGGAGGGGGACAGGAGAAGAGUGGAGGUAAGGCGGGGAAGGGUGGAGGAGAGAAAUCGCAGGAGAGCAGUGAAGGAGAAGGAGAAGGAGAGAAAGAUGGGAAGGAAAAUGAAGAAGUGGAAGAGGAACUGGUGGUGAGCCCAGAGUCGGAGGUGUCCAUAAACACUGGCAGGGAGUCUGACUCAGAAGAGACAGAUGGAAAGAAAGAGAAAGAUUGACAGAGAGAGAGAGAGAGAGUGAGAGAGAGAGAGAGAAAGAGUGAGAGAGAGAAAUGACAGUAAGACAGAGAGAGUAACAGCAAGAGACGAAAAAGUCAAAGUGGGAAACUCUCCUGCAGCUCGUCAGAUCUAGAUGUUUUAUUUUAAUCGACUUUGAAUAGAUUACUAGUUGUUACCCAACAUAUUUUUCAUGACCUCCGAAUGGUGACAUUGCUGUGUGCAGAGAAUGGGCCAUAGAGAACAGGAAUAGAUUAUAUAUGCCGUGUAUGCUGGUGCUGGGGGUGAUGUUACUUUUCCAUAGUGUGGAUUUCACAUGUCCACAGUUAAAGGCGUGCAAUGGGAUGUGCUGGAGGUGAUGAAGUAAUGCUGUAGAGUAGAGGAUGACAGGAGUCCGUCUGCAUGAAGUCUGUCCAGUCAGCAGCUGGCCCUGGUGCAGCUCUCGCCCUGAUCUCGCCCAGAUCUCACCCUAAUCUCGCCCAGAUCUCACCCUAAUCUCGACCAGAUCUCACCCUAAUCUGGGCCUGAUCUCACCCUAAUCUCGACCAGAUCUCACCCUGGUCUGGGCCCGAUCUGGGCUGAAUGCGCACCAGCGUUUGCAGCCAUAAGUGUGGGAGCUGAGUGUAGUAAAAUGCAUUUUAUUUUUAUAUAUAUACGCAGAUAAUUCUAUUAUAGUUUAUCAUAGAUAAGAACAUUUAUUUAUAUUAAAGUUUAUCACAGAUGUUUUAUUUUCCUGAAGUAACCUGGUGUCUGUGUGUGAUUAAAGGUAAUUCAUCGAUUGUAAAUUAAGUUAGAAAUGUGAGACUGUGAGUGAUGCCAUGGUGAAAUGAUACAUGCAUUAAUGUCAUACCAUCAUGCUGUAGUUACUCAUCUGAAGCGCUGCAUACGGACUGGGUACUAAGGUGUAGCGGUCAUGAUAUCUUAGUCUUACUGUGAUUUUAUUUAUUUGAAAUAAGAUGUACUGCCACAACACUGCUGAGCCUGUUGAACGCCGGACUUUUCCAGAUAUUUGCCGAAUCCGGCACAGGUUCCGUGUGGUUCUAGUGGAUCUGGAACCGAUUAAGGUUCCAGACCUAAUCUAGAUUCACCUGCUGAACCGAUUUGAUCCUGAUUCUGAGCCAAAAAAUCAGCUACAGUAUGUUCUGCUUUCAGUCUCUUAGAUACCUCGACGCACCACAGAUAUUUACAUGGCGGAGGAAACUGCUCUGAUUCAGCUGCAACUGCACCUGCACCAGAUGGAACUUCCUCUAAGUGUGAAUGCAGUCCUUUCCUUUUCCAAGGGUUAGCAUUAGUGCCCAUUGCAUAGUGCUCCAUUCCUAUGUCUUGUCUGAUUAUAAUUCAAUAAAUUAAUAUACCAAUACUGAUACACUGUUGUCGAGAUUUAAUCAAAGUGAAAAUGGAUGUGUGUACCAUUAGGUUAGUAGUAUCUCCAAUUUACAUAUAUUUUGAAUAUUGUAUUUAUUGACUUUGACCGUCAGUAAUCACAUCUGUUCUCUAAAGAGAUGUGUGUGUGUGUGUGCAUGUGUGUGUGCGCAUGUGUGUGUGUGUGUGUGUGUGUUUCGGUGUGUGCCUGAGUGGUUAUCUGAUACCUUGGGUCGGUGCUUUACACAUCUCACCCAUUCAGGCACUAAAAUUGAGCUAAUCAUUAGCAUUAGCGGAAGGCUUUGAAUUGUCCCCCUGAGGCAGAACUCGAUGCAUCCAUCAACCUGACUGUCUCUAUUUGCCCCGGCGUCGUGUCAGCCCGGCUGCAAGAUAUGGCAAAAGCAUAAACAGAGAGCAACAGACCAGACAAAGUUCAUCUCUGAUUGUGAAGGAA